AAACUUCCGUUUCACAAAAACCCUUGAAAUUUGACACGUCACCACUUCAAAUCUCAUCUUCUUCAUCACCACUAUCAUUUAAUUCAAAACGCUGUCGUUUAGCAGAAAUGUCAUGGCUAAGAUCUGCAGUAAAUAAGGCCGUGGAAGUCGGUAACAAAAACAACAUAACUCGCACCGUGAAAAAUUACGCUGAUACAGUUGUCCAACACGCCGGUCAAGCCGUUGCUGAAGGCGCCAAAAUCUUCAAUGCUCAACUUGGGGCUCGAAGUUUUAAAAGUUUUAAGCAGACGGUUAAAAGGUUGGAAGAGGCGUCUAUAACUGUUAGAGGUCCCGAAAGGAUACAUUUGAUGAGAAGAUGGCUUGCUGCUUUGAAAGAAACUGAGAAAUUGUCAGGGGGUUUACUUGAAGAUGAUGAAAAGAAUCAUGAAAUACACGCUGUUUCUCCUGAAGAAGGAAAAGAUAAUACAAGAAAGCCGUCUCUGGUUUUGUACUAUGACUCUGAUAUGGCAGGAGACCCGAUGAAUUUUCGCGAUGUUUUCCUCUAUAGUCAAGCUUUGGAGGGUAUUACAAUAGCUAUGAUUCUUGAACCACCAAGUGAGGAGGAGGUUUCUCUGCUUCUGGAGUUUUUUAGUUGUUGCCUUACUGGAGGAAAAGAAGUUCAUAAUGCCAUAGUCAGCAGCAUUCAAGAUUUGGCAAAAGCUUUUUCAAGCUACGGAGAUGAAGUUUUGGUAAAGCGUGAGGAAUUGCUGCAGUUUGCACAAGGUGCCAUCACUGGAUUAAAAGUGAACCCGGAGCUUAAAAGAAUAGAUGCUGAAGCCUCUGUGCUUAAGGAACAGCUUGAUGGAAUGGAAUCAUCCAAGGAGAUUAUUGGCGACGGUUAUGAAAAAGCGUCCAAAGAAGCAACCAUUGCAACAAUAGAGGCUCUUAAGAAAGCUCUCGCCCAUAUUCGAGUUUGUUCUAAACUGGAAGGGCUUCUACUGAAAAAGAAGGUGCUUUAUGGUGGAGAAACUCCUGAAAUCCAUGCUCAAAAGGUGGAUAAGCUGAAAGUGUUAUCUGAGUCGCUUGUUAGCUCCUCCGCAAAGUCUGAGAAGCGUGUUUCUGAUAACAGAGUUCAGAAAGAGGAAGCUUUAAAUUUCCGUGUCUCUAAAGCAAGUGAAGUUGGUGAAAUGGAGAAGGAGUUGGCUGCCGAGGUUGCAGGUCUUGAGAAACAGAGAAAUGACCUUGAAGCUGAAUUAAAAAGGGUCAACAUCUCAUUGGCAGCUGCCAAUGGACGGCUUCAAAAUGCUAGGGAAGAGAGGGAUCAAUUUUAUGAAGCCAAUGAUCAGCUUGUUGCACACUUGAAAACAAAGGAAGAGGAGCUAGUAAAAUCCAUCAGCUCCUGUAAGCAAGAAGUGAAUGUUCUGAAUACUUGGGUCAAUUUCUUGGAAGACACCUGGGUUCUUCAGCGUGCUAAUACAGAGACCAAGGAGAAGCAGAUCAGUGAUGAUUUGGAGAAACACGAGAGCUAUUUUGUGAACUUGGUCACUAAACUGCUAAUGGCUUACGAGGAAGGAUUGAAGCCUUCUCUUGAUCGUAUUGAGAAAUAUGUUGAGAACUUGAAGAGCUUAAGCGAAGGGUCAAAUUCACCAUCCGAUGUGGAUAAAGAAGCUUCCAAAGUGAUAAAUCCUCGAAGAAGUCUUGAGGAGGAAUAUCUGGAUUAUGAAGCAAAGAUUAUUACAACCUUUAGUGUGGUAGAUAACAUGAAAGAGCAGUUCUAUGCUCAACAUGGGAAAACUUCCAGGAAAGAAAAUACAAGAAUCAAAGAACUUUUUGAAAACAUUGAAAAGUUGAGGGAGAAAUUUGAUUCAAUUGAGAGGCCAAAUCUGGAAAUGGAGAAUCCUGAUGAAGUAGAGGAGACACUUGAAGCUGAAACUAGCACCAAGCCAGCAGAUUGUCAAUCACCGACAAAGGUCAAAGCCGCAGAGAAUUCUGAAACUCAAACCCAAACCCAGACAAAAGACCAGCAAGUGAAAUCACCUACUGCAAAAGGUGAACAGGGUCAUGGGCUGGACCCUGAUGCAGAGCUAGCGAAGCUAGAAUCUGAGUUUGGUAAAGUUAACCGCGAUUACACGGAAGAAGAGAUAGGUGACUGGGAAUUUGAUGAGCUUGAAAAGGAAUUAAGCAAAUAGAUAAACACAAAUCUUUUUUACCUACAAUAAAAUGAUUAAUUAUAAAGAAAAUUAAAGUGUUUUUGUAUGUACAUAAUUGAAAGUCUGAAUGAUUUGAUUAUGUCUCUUGAUUGACUAAAGCUUGUACCAUGUAUUCAUGUAACACAACCUUUUUAUGUGAUGCUUGAUGCUUCCCUUGGUUGACUUUUUGUA